AUGGACCUAAGUGUUGUACCCUACCAACAACAACACAAAUCUGAAACUGACCAUGACCAACAUGUUGACAUAGUACUCCAAACGAAACCAAUCACCACCAUGAUCAACUCAAACCCCAAAACAACUAAGGAUCCUUUCAACAACAUUGUCAAGUACAAAGAAUGUAUGAGGAACCAUGCUGCUUCCAUUGGUGGCCAUGCCAAUGACGGUUGUGGUGAGUUCAUGCCACGUGGUGAUGAUGGCACCCGCGAUUGGCUCACUUGUGCUGCCUGUGGUUGUCACCGUAACUUCCAUAGAAGAGAAAGUAGUACCAAAAGACAGCACCAACAACAACUCCUCUUCUCUCCACCACCACAACCACAUCAAUUUCUUUUGUACGGUUCGCCCACUACUAAAAACAUGAACCCAGUUCAUCAUUUCAUCUCACGUCCUCAUGAUGAUGAUGAUGAUGAUGACGACCUUGACGAUCUUGAUCAUGAUCGACGGUCAGAGACGCCUGAGAGAGGAGAAGUGAAUGUGGUGGGGUCAGGUGGGAAAGGGUUUAUGGUAAAGACUACUGGCAGCAGUAAUAAGAGGUUUAGAACGAAGUUCACGCAGGAGCAAAAAGAGAGGAUGUUGGACUUUGCUGAAAAGAUAGGGUGGAGAAUACAAAAACACGAUGAUAUGGCUCUUAAUCAGUUUUGUAACGAGGUUGGUGUCAAAAGGAAUGUUCUUAAGGUUUGGAUGCAUAACAACAAGAAUGCCCACCGCCGUAGAGAUGGUGCUCCACCUGUGUCUGCCGAGGCCCCUCCUCCUCCUCCUCCGUCUUCAGCUCCAACUCAGCCUGUUGGAGUCCAAAGUCUACCACUGUCGCUAAAUUCGGUAUUCUUUGUCACUCCUCCCGCUACAAUGCCCCGAGAAGUCACUAUUACAGAGGAAAAAGAAAGAGAACGACGUCGUUUACACAAUAAAGAGGCAAACUUGGUUUUGGCGCCAAAGACAAUUAUCUCCCCUGAAAUUGCCUCCACAUCCAUUUUCAUUGGCCGACAUCAAAGAUUCACUUUAGAAAAAGCAGCUCACCUCUCUACCUCCAGUCAUCUUCGACAAACACCUCCACAUCGAUUCCAACCGCUAUGUAGAUUCCUUCCCGUCACCGUCGAUGAACUCGACCUUUUAAAAAUCUCGUCCUAUACCGCCCCUACAUCAAUUUUUAAUCAAAUGCCAAUGCUGUCUCGCGGCGAAGAGUAUAGGAGAAGGAGAUUGAACAGUGUGAUUUCUCCGGAAAGGCAUGAUCCGUUUGAUGGCUAUGGAGAGAAGACUCUUGAUCCUCCGGUUAGGACCGAUGGCUCCAGUGAGGAAGUUGAUGGCCAUGCCUGCACCAGUGGGGACUCCACUUUAUCCUCUUCCGGAGGAGAAUACGGGACAGAGGCACCUGCUGAGUUGCCGUGUAUGAAGCCUGAGGAUUAUCAGGAUUUUGGUGCUUUGUUGAAUGAAGACGAAUUGUCUCUGGAGAAGCAGGAGGAGAGAAAGAUCAUGAAGCUGCUGCUGAAGGUUAAGAAUGGGACUCCGUCUCAGAGGAAGACUGCACUGAGGCAGUUGAGUGAUAAAGCGAUGGAAUUUGGUGCUGGGCCAUUGUUUGAUCAGAUUUUGCCACUGCUUAUGAGGCUAUCUUUAGAGGAUCAGGACAGGCAUCGUUUGGUUAAGGUAGUUGAUAGGAUUGUGUAUAAAUUGGAUGAGUUGGUUAGGCCUUAUGUGCAUAAGAUUCUUGUUGUGAUUGAGCCCUUGUUAAUUGAUGAGGAUUAUCAUGCACGUGUGGAAGGGAGAGAGAUUAUUUCUAAUUUGAGUAAAGCAGCAGGUUUGACUACUGUGAUUACUGAAAUACUUCCUGCUAGUGAUCGUGUUGAUGAGCAUGUUAGGAAUACAACUGCCAGAGCUUUUAGUGUUGUCGCUUCUACUCUUGGGAUUCUCGCCCUGUUGCCUUUCUCGAAGGCUGUGUGUCAGAGUAAGAAAUCAUAG